AAUACACAUGCCUCUGCAUCCUGCAUGGCCCCACUUCGCUGCUCUUCUCAGUUAUGAGCCCGGUUCGCGCACAACACUCAUAACAGCGGUGUAGCCCAGUUGGGGCCAUCCUUCUUCUUUUCUCCAACAACCACUUCCAGUUUUCUCGAUCGUCAACAACUCCCACAAGUUCACAUCACCCCCAUCGUUCAGUCUGAACAACGCAGCACACCUCAGUUUGCUUCAAGAUGACACUCGAAACUGAGAAAACCGUCACCGUUGCUGUUGCAGCGCUUCCAACCCUCGACAGCCCCAAGGACUGGCCAAGAUGGAUCUCUGCUGUUCGCCAAGAGGCCAACAACCUGCGUGUCUGGCACAUCAUCGACCCAGACACCGAGCUCGCCACCGAGGCUGAGAUGCUCGGCCUUCCUGUGCAGCCCACCCAGGGUGCGGCACGUCAGGCGGUCCAGGACCGCCAUCUUCAGGCGUGGCACACUGCACUGCAAGCCUGGAAGGCAGCCGAUCCCACCACCCGUGGCGAGGAACCUCAGUCAACCAAUCCUACUGAGGAGGAGAUCCGCCGUGAAUUCCUCAAGCUGUGCGAGGCGUUCUCGAAGUCCGCCAUCGACACUGCGGCGUUCCGUGCCGUCAACAAGCUCCGCGAGAUGAUCAACGUGUCUGUCAGCGACCGCUACGCACACACCGCACACGACAUCAUGGAGGCCGAGAACGUCACCGGCACACGCGGGUUUAUACAGACGCUGCGCAAGAUUAUCGCACCCUCCAACAGCGCUACUUUCACUGCGCUUGCCGAGGAGUACGCAACUGUCCUUGCCAGAGGCAGCCAGAGCGGCGUCGAACCCAGGACCUGGAUUCUCGAGUACAUGUCGGUCCUCCACCGCGCAAGGGCGGCCAACAUCGCCGCAGUCACCGACGCAACAGCCGUCACCACAUUCCUCAAGACUGUGCAGAGACGCUUGGAUCCAGAGUGGGCGACUCGCAUGCUGAAGGAUAUCAGUGUGACUGAGAAGCUCGGCGGCAAAGGACCAACCCUUCUCGACUUGGCUCUCUCACUCGAGGCGAUCCUCCAGGCUGAAGCGGUGGUCCACCCGAAGCCUGGAGCCUACCCCGUGCUUCCAGGAGCGCAGAACGGUCAGAAGGGCAGUCAGAAGCGCAAGAAGAACCGCGACUGCCCGUGCAAGCCGAAGACUUUUCGCCACUGGUGGUUUCCCUCGGAAUGUCGGCAACUUCGGUACGCUCUGACAGGGGAAUCCCUGAACGGCGUGACGCUCCCAAACGACGCGGUGAAUGCAGUGCGCCAACGAUUCGCCAAGGAGCGCUGGAACGACCUUCGAGUGGAGCUCCAGAAGCUCGGUUGGAAGAUCCAGAACGCAUCGUCAAACGCCAAGACCACUAGUUCCAAUAGUGGCGCGGGUCCUUCAUUUCCGGGAGCGCUCCAGGUGCACGCUGUCAUCGACCCAGCGAUCGCAAGCGAGCUCGAAGGAGCGCGUGGCGUGUUCGCAUCUCUCGAGUUUGGCCCACACCCGCUCAGCAAGUGCAUUCUGUUUGACAACUGUGGAGCGGUCAAUCUCGUCAAUGACAGGGCUCUCCUUGUCCCUGGCACGUUCGUCAAGACGAGCGGUGAGACUGUUGAGGCAGGCACCACAUCCUUCCCAAUCUCUGGCCGCGGCAAAUGGAUCAUCAAGAACGUUUUGAACGGCGCGCGCGGCCCGAACACUGAGGACCUUGUCAUAGACAACGUUGCUGUCGUCGAGGGCUUUCACGUCAACAUUGUCUCUGAGAGACGCCUUCGAGCGCAGGGCGCUUGGUACUGCGGUCUGGAUUGCACGCUGCGUUGGGGAACUUUGGAGAAGAGUAUUGUACUCAGGCAGCUGGUCGAGAAGUUCAACCUGACCUUCUUGCAAUACAAUGCUCUUUCCUCCUAGGUGCUCCCCAGAAGCUUUGCCGGACUUGUGACUUUGAGCGCUGCAGUUGUGAAGAACUUUGGGAGGAGCAGGCCCUCCAAGGACCCGCUCCCAGAGAGAGAAGACCCAGCUGCUCUCUGGCACAUCAGAUCUGGUCAUCUGAGUUCAGAGGCGCUGGAACAUCUCGUCUUGAACGCCAGAGGUGUGCGGAUUCGCGGGCCUCGCAGACUGGAAUGCGAGGUAUGCGCGCAGGCAUACGCGGAACAGGUUAUUUCGCGCCGCCCACCAUCGAAGCCGUCACCACGCCCAUUUUGGAGGGUCUCUUGGGACCUGUUCGACUUUCCGAGGGCACUUGACGGCUCGAACUGGCUGCUGGUCAUCAAGGACGAGUACAGUGGGAAGCUUUUCGCGACUCCACUCAUACGCAAGACGCACGACAGUGUGUACGAUGAGCUCGUCCGCUUCGAACGCUGGGUGAAACGCCAAUUCGGGCUGCCCAUCUGCAAGAUCAGGCAGGAUGGCGACACCAGUGUCAUUGGCAUCAAGGGAUACACAGCGUACGAGCUCUGGGCGCAGGAGCAGGGCAUCGACUUGGAGGUUACGCCUUCGGAUACCAAGGAGCCCAACGGCGGUUCAGAACGCGCAGGCAAAGAACUUAUCACAAAGAGCCUUGCAAUGCUCACGGGCGCCGGACUUCCUCAGAACCUGUGGCCAGAGUCGACGGUUGCAGCUGCGUACUUGCACGGCAUAAGCCCAAGUCGCGCUCGCAACUACCGCUCACCGAACGAGGUGCUCGACUCUUGGUUCAGACACUGGUUUCGCUGGUAUCAGCCCGGUCUCGUGCAUUCCCUGACUGCCGACCUGCGCCCUAACUGGGGCGGCGUUUAUGCGUACGGCUGCCGAGCGUACCCGCUGACGAAGGAACGCGAAAAGGGGAUUGAGAGGCGUGCUGGGAAGGUCAAGCCCAGAGCGCACAUCGGGUAUCUUGUUGGAUACAGGGCGUCCAACAUUUACCGCAUCUGGGUACCGAAACUCAGGAAGGUCAUCACAACGCGCAACGUGACCUUUGACGAACGCACGUUCUACCGGGAGGGAGAGGAGCAGCUUGAUGCUCAAUCGGUGGCAGUCGCCAGAAAGGUUGUUGAGCUCAUCGAACUCCCCAUAGAGCCUCGGGACGCCGAGGCAGUGCCGUUCGGAGUUACAGAUGCCCAUGAAGACCCAGUGACGGUUCCCGGCUCUCCAGGACAUCUGGGGGGUGUGACUGAACGGGAACCGGAAGGGCAGGCUCCUCCCCACUCUCCAUCCUGUCUGGGGGGUGCGGAAGUACUCGAGCAUCGCGGCCAGAGUUCGGGUGAGGAGCCCACUGGUGGUCUUUACACUCCAGAACCAACACCGGAGCCGCGCCAGGAACGCCCGGACGGUUUUGGAGGGAGCGGCCCCCCUGCUGAUCACGGUGCUAGCAGUGACAGCAGACCGGUGGGAACUGCAUCAUCGGAGGCCCCUGAUGCAGUUAUCGGAGACGCCAGUAGCAGCGUCGCUGGCGGCACAACUAGGAGUGCCAGCCAGGGCAGCACGACGGCAAGUGCUGCCGCAGUCGAUACUCCUAGCAGUGAAGAGGAGGUCGACCGCCCUGGCGAUCAGCCAGAGGCUCCAGACGACUGGGAAGACGCCUCAAACCAUGGUUCUCAGCCUGAUUCUGGAACACCCGCAGCCACGCCAGCGAGGGAGAAGCGCAAGUACGUGCGCAAGGUAUACGGACCACCAACUCGUUACUCAAGACGGAUCCGUAGACAGUCUCCCGGCGGCGGUGCAGGCGGAAGCGGCGGUCUGGUGUGCUUCGCAGCCCCCAUGUACCAUGAGGAGAGCAUCGACGUACCAGAUCAGCACGCGUGGCAUUCGUUCAGCCACACAUUUUUGGAUGACCCUGUAAUCGCUCUGCAGGAGGGCGACAGCAUCCAGCACCGCACAUUGCAUGCGGUUUUCGCGGCGGCAGUCCGCCAACAUCGUGACGCGCGUCCUGGGGCAACGCCAAGCAGGCCCCGGGUGCAUUUUGACGACCUCGCCAAGCUUCCUAAGCGCUGGAGGGAUCUCGCCAACCACCCUCAAGGGCCCGAGUUCAUCAAAGCGGCUGAGGAAGAGAUUCGCAAUCUCGUCAACAGGAAGACAUGGCGCAAGAUUCGGCGCGAGACCUUCAAAGGAAGACCACUCCCUCUGAAGUGGGUUUUCGUCUACAAGUUCGAUCAGAAUGGCAACCUCGAGAAGUGCAAGUCUCGCAUCUGCGUUCGAGGCGACCUUCAGGAGCUCACUACUCUGCAAAGCACUUAUGCAGCCACACUCGCAGCGCGCUCGUUCCGCACAAUGAUGGCUAUCGCCGCGCAGUUUGAUCUUGAGGUCAAGCAGUUCGACGUAGCGCAGGCGUUCUUGAAUGCGGACCUGCCUGAGGGUGUUGUUUGCGAGAUGCCUGAGGGGUUCGAAGAGCCUGGAUUUCUUGUGGAACUGCAGAGAGCUCUGUACGGCUUGCGAGAGUCUCCGUUGCUCUGGUACCGAGAGUUCUCCGGCACACUUCGGAAGCUCGGCCUCACAGCUUCGCCUGAGGAGCCAUGCUUGUUCUUCGAUCGCCAACGGCGCGUGCUCGUGCUGUUCUACGUGGACGACUACCUAGUCUUCUACCACAGAGACCACGCGGAGACAGCUCAGAGGAUCAUCGACGCUCUGAAAGCGAAGUACGAAGUGCACGAAAAGGGGGACGUGGCUUGGUUCCUGGGCAUCAGGGUGAUCCGCGACCGCGCGCAACGCAAGAUCUGGCUCUGCCUUGACCAGUACAUCGAGAAGAUUGCGAAGCGCUUCGGUCUCGCGGAUCAAAUCACCUUUCCAAGCAUCCCUCUCCCUGUAAUGGAACUCCGCAAGUUCACUGGCACUGCCACUCGAGCGCAGAUCAGGCUGUUCCAGGAGCUUGUUGGAUCGCUACUCUACGCCGCGGUCGUACUGCGCGCGGAGGUCGCGUUCCCGGCAUCGUUGCUCUCGCACUUCCUGACGAACCCCUCGGGGACACACAUUGAUGCUGCAAAGCAUGCAAUCUCCUACCUGUUUGGCACGCGCUUCCUCGCUAUUCAGUUCGGGGGUGUGCCGCAGGAUGCUGCUCCCACGCAAAUCUUGCUCAUCGCAGGGGACGCGUCGCAUGCGGAUGAUCCUGAUACGCGCAGGUCGUCACAAGGCUAUCUCAUCUCUCUGUUCGGUGGGCUCGUUCAUUGGAAGGCUGCGCGCCAAGAUACAGUCACCACCUCGUCUACGGAGGCGGAGCUCCUCGCUCUGUCCACCGCAGCGCGGGAGACAAUGGCGUUCAAGCGUUUCCUCAGCGACCUGCAACUUGAGCUGGGUGUGCCUUGGACUGUGUUCUGUGACAACACGCAGACCAUCCGGCUCGUGGUGGGA